ACACAAGUGGUGGAGCACAUGAAUGUGGGUGGGUAGAGAAAGAAAGAGAGGGGCCGGAUGGGUGCUGGGGACCUGCCCCUAUACUGGGGUUGCAGUUUCCUCUCCUCUCCGCACUCUAAUCCCCUACCUCCUCUAAUCGCACCACCUUAACUCUCUCUCUCUCAUCCCUCUCUUUGUGUCUACGGAGUACUGUAUUAAUUACUCCGCAACAACCCUUCUUACUGGUGACUGAUUGGAGGGAGCUCGCUCUUCAAAGCCCCAUGAGAACGCACUUCUUCACCCCCAUCUCGUCACCUCGCACAUGAGAAGAGCUCCUCUCUUUCUCUCUCUAGACCGCUUUAUAUACCUUCUCGCACACUCCCUCCUCACUGCUAGCUCAGCUCGUACUGGAACGGGCCAGUAUCGUCACUGCUCAUUUUAAGCAACCUCCAAUUCAGUACGCGGUACACAGCUAGCGAGCUAGUUUUCCGGGAUGGCGUCGGAGUGGGAAAUUGCCAUGGGCGUGGAGCUCGGCAUGGGAAUGGGCGCGUACAACACCACCUCCAGCGCCGGCGCCGCUGCACCGAUGGGCCACCACGCGGGCGGCGGCUACCAUUUCUACGGGAUGCAGCCGAUGGGCGCCGCCGACCCUUCCAUGCGCGUGGACGAGCUCCUCGACCUCUCCAGCGCCGGCGCCGGCGCGCACGACUUCUUCCCCGCCGCCGCCGCGGACAACGGGCACUACCACUACCACCACCUCGGCCCCGGCGUCGGCGAGCCGUCGGCGGCCACUACUCCGUCCGCCACGUCGUCGGAUCACCAGACGUCCAUGCUCUCCUUCGCCGACGAGUUCUACAUACCCAGCGAGGAGGCCGCGGAGCUGGAGUGGCUAUCCAAGUUCGUGGACGACUCCUACUCCGACAUGCCGAAUUACUCCUCGGCCGCACACGCGGCAAUGGCGAAGGCUGCUGCCGCGGCCAGUAACAGCCCGGCUGGUCAGCAUGGCAGCUGCAUCACAGCGGCGGCUCCGCCGGGCCGCGGCGCGCGGAGCAAGCGGUCCCGUGCGAGCGCCGCGGCCGCCGCCGCGUGGCACUCCCUGAUGCCGCGCCCGCCUUCGCAGUCAUCGCCUUCCUCCUCGUCCUGCUCGUCGUCCGACAUCCCGGCGUCCUCGAACAAGCCGGCCCGGCCCAACAACAGCAACGGCAGCCGCGGCAAGAAGCAGGGCCCCCCCGUGGCGGACCAGUCCGUGGGCCUGGUGGAGGGAGGCGUGAGGCGGUGCACGCACUGCGCGUCGGAGAAAACGCCGCAGUGGCGGACGGGCCCGCUGGGGCCCAAGACGCUGUGCAAUGCCUGCGGGGUACGGUUCAAGUCGGGCCGGCUGGUGCCCGAGUACCGGCCGGCGGCCAGCCCGACGUUCCUGCUCACGCAGCACUCCAACUCGCACCGCAAGGUCAUGGAGCUCCGCCGGCAGAAGGAGAUCGUCCUCAUCCGCGGCAGCCACCCCUCGGUGCCGACGGGGCCCGCCGGGGCGGCGACCGUGAAGCCGGAGCUCCUCUUCCGUGACUACGGCAUCUGUUAAAUAAUUAAGCACCGGAUGUGCCUGCGUACGUACGGAUGGAGCUAGCCACGGCAUGCAUCGCGCGCAGCCUCGCUGGAUCGAUUCCUUUUGCAAAAUUCUCCCGUCUCCUCUACUUCUUUCUUACCUUUUUUGCCUUCUUGUUCCAGAUUUCUUUUUCAUCUUUCUGUUAAUUAAUUUGUUAGUACGUGCCUCCCUUUUAAGUUCUACUACCCUGAGAGAUCGAGAUCAAUAUCAAUUACAUGUUGGUAUAAUUCCCAUC